GUGCGAUUUCUUGGCUUUUCCAUCAUCAGCAAAGACAGAAACCUAGGGAAAACGCGUUCAGUGCAGCCUGCUGAAAAGGCUAUCAAGGGAUCGAUUCUGUAAUUCCAAUUUUCACAUUUCCCACCAUCGAAGUAAUCUGAUUCAUCUACAAAGUUUAGUCAAUCGAUCAGAAUGCUUGGAUGGUGGGAAAUGUAAAAUGUGAAAUUACAGAAUCAAUCCCCAGGCCUCUGAUUCCUCUCUGAUUUGGGGUUCGCUUCGAUAUUACCUGCCAGUGAUGUCAGCAAUCCUUUAUCUCUUUUACGCUGCCGAGUUUGUGACUAGCUCUACCUCUGUCCUAGGGAGUUUAUAGCGCUGCCUACUAAUUUAAGAACGCAGCCUGGUCGACACGUCAAGGUCAGCAAAAGCGAGUGUGACUGGAGGACCCGGCGAUUUUAUUCAGUGCUGCAAUAAAAUUGGCUGCAAAUCCCGGACGAAAACAUGUCCGAACUACUCGACACUAUACCUGAUGUAGACAUCGAUGAUAAUGGGAAGUUCAAGUACAUUUUGAUCCAUGUAUUCGACGCCGAGAACGAUACGGUCAAGACCAUCGUCAGAGGAUACCUCAGAGAGUUCCAUGCACACAUAUACGAGGAAGUGGAGGAGAAGAUUUUGAAAGACAUGGCACCGCGUCUUGAAACUGAGUGCAUAGGCGGUGGAUUCAUCGAGCACAAAGCUGCGGAUAAGAAGAUCAAGGUUUACGGCAGAUCAAUGGGCUUUGGCAAGGCCGAUCAUAACGUCACCGUCGAACUCUUGAAGAAGGCAUAUCCUGACUACGAGGUCAUCACAACUAACGAAGAAUAGUAAUUCUGACGUGUAUUGCAUACUUAUUUUGUCCCGUAUUUGUAUGCACUCCUUUAUUCGUUUGCGUUAUCAUGUCUUGUGCUCCUACUUUGACUUUAAUAUUUAAUAAAACAGCCAUUCAAUCCUGGACUGCACCUCAUCCAGCUGCUCCUGUUCCAAGUUUAUGAUGCCUGACACUACAAUUGCGCUUACAUAAAUUUAACGAUGUCGAUAUCAAGCAAUAACAGAGACUCUCGAUGAAAUCAAUACCUGUAUUUAUAUUAUUAUCCGACUGUCGUCGAGAAUAAUGUGUUCGGAAUACAAUACAUCUUCAAUGUACUGAGCACAUACUAGAAUAUGUGUCAACCUAUGCGCCAAGCAGCUGCCGACUAAGAAGUAAAUCCAGUUUCUCUGCAGCCCGCAAUGUCGCAAAGGUAUACCUAUAAACUAGGAUAUAAUAUAAACCUCAGGUUACCAUCGCCUUGAAAUUACGGGCGUACAGCAUACAACAAAAAAAAGUGGGUAGUUACUCAUUAAGUGUUACAAGGAAAUGACUGAUAGACCAUCAUUGUUGUAAUCCGAAUAUACCUGUGCUUAUUA